UGGGCGAGAGGCGCAGUCAGCGGCACUUCAAAGCGGGCGCUCCUCGCACUUAGGCUGAGUUUUGCCGGCGGGAGCCCAGAGUCCGCUCGGCGCGAGCGCGGGACGCGGGAGCCGCGCGGGACCCGAGUUGUGUUUACCAGCAGCCGCCAGGCUUAGCACCGCUCCCGGCCUCGUCGCGCAGCCAAGAGACCUGCUAUGGCCACGUCUAUACUCGGGGAAGAGCCACGCUUCGGAACGACCCCGUUGGCCAUGCUGGCGGCAACCUGCAACAAGAUCGGCAACACCAGCCCGCUGACGACGCUGCCCGAGUCCAGCGCCUUCGCCAAAGGCGGCUUCCACCCCUGGAAGCGCUCUUCGUCCAGCUGCAACCUCGGCUCCAGCCUCUCCGGCUUCGCUGUGGCCACGGGCGGCCGCGGCUCGAGCGGCCUGGCGGGUAGCUCGGGAGCCGCCAACAGCGCCUUCUGCCUGGCCUCCACGUCCCCCACGUCGUCCGCCUUCAGCAGCGACUACGGCGGCCUCUUCUCUAACUCAGCGGCGGCGGCUGCCGCAGCGGCCGGCGUGUCCCCGCAGGAGGCGGGCGGCCAGUCGGCCUUCAUUUCCAAGGUGCACACGACGGCUGCCGACGGCCUGUAUCCGCGCGUGGGCAUGGCGCACCCGUACGAGUCGUGGUACAAGUCGGGCUUCCACUCGACGCUGGCGGCGGGCGAGGUGACCAACGGCGCUGCGUCGUCGUGGUGGGACGUGCACAGCAGCCCCGGCUCCUGGCUGGAGGUGCAGAACCCCGCCGGGGGGCUGCAGAGCUCGCUGCACUCGGGCGCCCCCCAGGCCUCGCUGCACUCGCAGCUGGGGACCUACAACCCCGACUUCAGCUCGCUCACGCACUCGGCCUUCAGCUCCACCGGCCUCGGCUCCUCGGCCGCUGCCGCCUCGCACCUGCUCUCCACCAGCCAGCACCUCCUGGCCCAGGACGGCUUCAAGCCGGUGCUGCCCUCCUACUCGGACUCCAGCGCCGCGGUGGCCGCGGCCGCCGCCAGCGCCAUGAUCUCGGGUGCCGCGGCCGCCGCCGCCGGGGGCAGCUCCGCGCGCUCCGCCCGCCGCUACUCUGGCCGUGCCACCUGCGACUGCCCUAACUGCCAGGAGGCCGAGCGGCUGGGUCCGGCAGGGGCGAGCCUGCGACGCAAGGGGCUGCACAGCUGCCACAUCCCGGGCUGCGGCAAGGUGUACGGCAAGACGUCGCACCUGAAGGCGCACCUGCGCUGGCACACGGGCGAGCGGCCCUUCGUGUGCAACUGGCUCUUCUGCGGCAAGCGCUUCACGCGCUCGGACGAGCUGCAGCGGCACCUGCGGACUCACACGGGCGAGAAGCGCUUCGCCUGCCCAGUGUGCAACAAGCGCUUCAUGCGCAGCGACCACCUGAGCAAACACAUUAAGACGCACAACGGGGGCGGCGGGGGCAAAAAGGGCAGCGACAGUGACACGGACGCCAGCAACCUGGAGACGCCCCGCUCCGAGUCCCCAGACCUCAUCCUGCACGACUCCGGCGUCAGUGCAGCCCGGGCGGCUGCAGCGGCUGCAGCGGCGGCGGCAGCAGCGGCGGCGGCUGCGGCGGCCUCGGCGGGAGGCAAAGAAGCCGCGACCGGUCCCAACGACUCCUAGAGGUUGGCGGAGAGGCGCGAGCGAGCAAGUAGAGACACCCAGAGCGAGCGAGAGGUUCGGAGGGCGAGCGAGUGGGCGCACGGGAGG